AUGUCACCCGCCCAGUUCCAGUCCUGGUCCCUGUCACUGGUCAUGGCCUCUCGGGUCCCCAGUCCUUCUCUCAUCCUAUUCUCUCUCGCUGGCUGGUGCUCUUUUCACUUUGCCGCCGCCGCCUGGGCUCUUUUGCUCUGCCACCACUGCUACCUUACCACCUUACUUCCCGCCUGCUUAUUCGGCUCCUGCCAACCACGCCGAAAACACUCAAAGUCCAAGGCUGCUCCGCUGCUCGGCUUCGACCUGUCACCUCGCCUCUUCUUCUCCUCUUCCUUCCUAUUCCUAACUAUCCCAACAACCCCCUCACCUUUCUUACUACUUACUACAACCUACAGUGACCCGCCUCGUCCGCCAAUCUCUCACGAUCACGAACUGCCUCACGACCACGCCUAA